GUGAUCUUGCCCACGAUAUGGAAGUACCUGCAGACACUUGGGGCAGCGCCCUACUUCCUGGGUCUGGGCCUAUCAGCGUUCAGCCUGACUGGUCUCCUCUCGGGGCCUCUGUUUGGACACUGGUCCGACAAGACCCGCAUCACCAAGAAGAUCAUCCUGUUCACCAACCUCUUCGAGAUUGUGAGUAAGAAUCCCAAAUCAACCCCCUAACUCCUACCCCUUGGGCACCUUUAUAGAUCUGAGAGGAUUGGAUAGAUGUAAACAAUAUGGCGACAUUUCAACCUGACCUACCAGAGUGCAAGAUGGAGCUUUCACCAUAUUGCUUACAUCUAUCCAAUUCUCUGAGUUAAGUCCCAUCCAGAAAAAAUAACCUAGGGCCUAGGCACAUGUUGAUAUCUGAUAAUAUUGCAUAGGUGUAUGAAAUAUGGCUAAAGUUCCCUCUAGCGUUUCAGAGGGCAGGUUAGAGCUAGGCCUGCUUUUCCAGGUACAACUAUUAUUUAUUUAGGAUAGUAUAAAGCAUUCCCCUCGUGAAUUUUACAUUUCAGCUGCACCUCGACUUUAGGUUUGUCAAAACACCGUUUUUUCCCAUGGAAAUGUCUCUUUGACAUUUACAUAAAGUGCCUAAGCCAGGGGUUAAGGGCCAGCAGUAGUUUCUGGAUGGGGCCAUGGUAACCUGAGAUACAAAAACAUCCAAAUGGAUUAGUCUUCUCUCUCUUUUCGUAGCUUUUUUUGCCUUGAGACUGUAUGAGUAGGGAAAAUAAAGCAACACCAUUGUGUUGAGAGUUCCUGUUGCCAGUGGUUGUGUCCUAAUAAUCUCUCCUUUGUCUGGGAGUGUUCACUUGUUCACUUCCCUUCAUGGAUUUACAAGGAAAUUACUGGUAUAUUGAAACUCCCUCUAGCCUAUGCCUACACCAAUCCAAUGCUUUUAAGGUUGUGGGGAGUGGUAAACGAGUGUACACUUCAGGGGAGAUUAUUGGGACUCACCCCAAUACCUUUUACUACCUGGGGUGUAUUCACUAUGAACUAGGGCUGGGAAUUGCCAGGGACCUCACGAUACAAUAUUAUCAAGAUAAUUUGGUGCUGACACAAUAUGUAUUUCGAUUCUCACUAUUCUGUAUGUAUCGCGAUUCGAUACUGUGAUGUUUUUGCGAUUCAAUGUUCCAAACAUAUUGCUCACCAUAUGUCUACUGCAGAGGGACAAGAGUGAGCCAAUGGAAAACAAGUUUUGAUCAGUCAUGGAAAUAAAAGUGCUGAAAACAAAUUGGCUUCCUAUUUAAAAAAGAAGACGGAGAACAAGCUAUGAAAGACAAAUACUGGAGUUUUGCUGCCGGUAUAGCCAAGUAGUGCAAAAAUUACAUUACGAUAUUGUCAAAACGAUACUAUACAGUGCAUUCGGAAAGUAUUCAGACCCCUUGACUUUUUCCACAUUUUGUUACGUUUCAGCCUUAUUCUCAAAUUAAUUAAAUUGUUUUUUCCUCCUCAUCAAUCUACACACAUUACCCCAUAAUGACAAAGCAAAAACAGGUUUUUAGAAAUGUUAGCAAAUUUAUAAAAAUCAAUAACUAAAAUAUCACAUUUACAUAAGUAUUCAGACCCUUUACUCAGUACUUUGUUUAAGCACCUUUGGCAACGAUUACAGCCUUGAGUCUUCUUUGCUAUGACGCUACAAGCUUGGCACAUCUGUAUUCGGGGAGUUUCUCCCAUUCUUCUCUGCAGAUCCUCUCAAGCUCUGUCAGGUUGGAUGGGGAGCAUCGCUGCACAGCUAUUUUCAGAGACACUCCUGUGUUGUCCUGUUGGAAGGUGAACCUUCGCCCCAGUCUGAGGUCCUGAGCGCUCUGGAGCAGGUUUUCAUCAAGAAUCUCUCUGUAUUUUUUUCUGUUCAUCUUUCCCUCGAUCCUGAUUAAUCUCCCAGUCCCUGCCGCUGAAAAACAUCCCCCACAGCAUGAUGCUGCCACCACCAUGCUUCAUUGUAAGGAUGGUGCCAGGUUUCCUCCAGAUGUGACGAUUGGCAUUCAGGCCAGAAUUCAAUAUUGGUUUCAUCAGACCAGAGAAUCUUGCUUCUCAUGGUCUGAGAGUCCUUAGGUGCCUUUUGGCAAACUCCAAGCGGGCUAUCAUGUGCCUUUUACUGAGGAGUGGCUUCCAUCUGGCCACUCUACCAUAAAGGCCUGAUUGGUGGAGUGCUGCAGAGAUGAUUGUCCUUCUGGAAGGUUCUCCCAUCCCCACAGAGGAACUCUGGAGCUCUGUCAGAGUGACCAUCGGGUUCUUGGUCACCUCCCUAACCAAGGCUCUUCUCCCCUGAUUGCUCAGUUUGGCCGGGCGGCCAGCUUUAGGAAGAGUCUUGGUGGUUCCAAACUUAUUCCAUUUAAGAAUGAUGGAGGCCGUUGUGUUCUUGGGGACCUUCAAUGUUGCAGACACAAUCCUGUCUCGGAGCUCUAUGGACAAUUCCUUCAUGGCUUGGUUUUUGCUCUGACAUGCACUGUCAACUGUGGGACCUUAUAUAGACAGAUGUGUGCCUUUCCAAAUCAUGUCCAACCAAUUGAAAUUACCACAGGUGGACUCCAAUCAAGUUGUAGAAACAUCUCAAGGAUGAUCAAUGGAAACAGGAUGCACCUGAGCUCAAUUUCGAGUCUCAUUGCAAAGGUUCUGAAUACUUAUGUAAAUAAGGUAUUUCUGUUUUUUAUUAGUUAUAAAUUUGCACACACACACAAAAAAACAUUUUUUCACUUAGUCGUUAUGGGGUAUUGUGUGUAGAUUGAUUAGGACUUUUAAAAAUCCAUUUUAGAAUAAGGCUGUAACGUAACAAAAUGUGGAAAAGGGAAGGCGUCUGAAUACUUUCCGAAUGCACUGUAUAUCGUGAAAAAUAUUGUCCAGAUGUGCAACUGUAUUCUUUCCCUCAUCACUACUAGGAACCAAACAGAAGCUAACGGGACGAAACUGGGAGGGAUCUACCUGAAUUUGUCCAAUGGAAACUCAUUGGAAAAUGUUUUAUGAAUACAUCCCUGGUCAUUUUACUGUUCUGUCUCCCUGACGUUGGUCUUUGUCCUCCAGGUAACUUUAUGUAUUUUAUGAGCAACUCCAAAUGGCUUUUGCUCUCCAGCAGACUAGUAGCAGGUGAGAAUACCCAUAUUCGAAAACAAAAGUGCGACGGUACACUCUGGCGUCUGUCCAAACAAAUGAAGAGCACCAACAGACAGGUGAAAACAAUUACACACAACACAUGACAGAAACAACGAGAACUUAUAGGACACAUAAUCAACACUAAACAUGAACAGGUGUACCAAACAGACCUAACCAAACAAACAUCGAAAACAAAGAACGGUGGCAGCUAGUACUCCGGAGACGACGACCGCCGAAGCCUGCCCGAACAAGGAGGAGGAGCAGCCUCGGCCGAAACCGUGACAGUUUUAAAGGACAUCAUUAAUUUGUUUGAAUUUAUCUGAUUGUUAAGAUUAUAGCCUAAUCAAAAUGCAUCGGUGUGAGUAAAAUGGGCUCACAUUUUGCAUGCUUGUAGAUAGAGUACUAGAACACUCAUCUUUUUAUAGUAUGAUGCAUAUUCUGCUUAUGGUUUUAGUGGUAGUCCGUACUUAAAUGGUUUUAGUAUGGACAUCCAUGUAUGUGGUCUGCUACUGUAGGUAUUGGUACAGGUGCGGGCUCAUCCAUCUUUGGCUUCCUGACCCGAAGCACUGCCCCGGAGGACCGCUCCACCAUGUCCGCAGUGGUCAUGGCGUGCCGACAGGCUGGCCUUCUGAUUGGUCAGUGCUGCUAUCUGUCUGCUUCCUGUGUGCCAUUCAUAGCAUGUUGUCAUUCGCUCUGUGUAUGGGUAUGUUCAAGGUUGUCCUUUUUGCAGUCCCGCUGCGAAAAUGAUCAGGGCAUGUGUUCAGAAAGUGCCUCAGAUUAGGAGUGCUGACUGAUCUAGGAUCAGUAGGGCAAUGAUGGUUAUGGAAUUUUGGAUGAUGGUAAUUGGCCUGCCAAAUGAUGCGGUCACCGUAAUAACUGCUCAAAUAGCUAAAAAAAGCAGCUCCUGACUGCAUGUGCUGCCAUGGAAAUAUAAUUAAUAGAACGGGCGUCCCCAUUCAAGUCAAUGAUGGCAUAAUGGGUGGACUAGCGACCAUUGUGAUAGUACCCAUAGGAGCAAAGUACGAAGCAAAAUAUGUGCUAAAAUAUGCGCACACUCAACUGACAUUACAAAUAGCACAUUCCAUUGCAUGAGCCACAUCAGUAAACACCAUUUGAAUGAACAUUUUACAUUACCAUGAAAAUUAUUGCUUCACAAGGCAGGCAGCCAUUGCGAGUGUACCCAUGAGUUUAACAGUCAAAUUGCCAGGGUUAGAGGUUCCAAGGCUGUUCUAUUCAUUCGAUUUAUAUGUGUGCUGCUGCUGCAUUGUGGGGGGUGUUGCCUAGGCAACCAAAUAUUGUUUGCCACAACACCUUGCUUGUUUCAGCAAGGAGCAACAAAGUUUCAUCGGGUUGUUAGGAGUCCAUGUUACGGCAGAAACAGACUCAAUAACACUAAUGCGCGGCCGUCCCCUCUUCAGUUCGUUCCGUUUUUAAAAACGGUUAUGACUGUUAUUUUAUUUUCAAGACGGUAUUCAUCAUAACCUUCUGUUACCUGGUUAUACUGUAAUUGUGCCAGCCCUAAGGAUCAGGUCCCCCUUGUCCAUAUAAUCUUAUUCAUUAUGAUCUAAAAUGCUAAACUGAUCGUAGAUCGGCACUCCUACACUGAGAUGUUUCACGGCCCCUGAACUCACAACAAUGCCUUGAGAAGUGUUUUUAAUAUCUCAGGAAUAUGAUAUUGCUUUAUUUUGACAUGUGCAGCAGGACUGCAAAAAAGACAACUGGGAUGCACCCACCUUCUGUAUGUCUCUGUUAGUGUGUCUGUCUCAUGAUGUCCCUCUCAUCACACACAGGUCCAGCAUUUAACAUCUUCCUGAGGCUCUGUGAUUUUCAGUAUGGGCCGUUUGUGGUGAACAAGUACACUGCACCUGGGGUAAGAUACUAACAACUGAAGCUUUUCUCCUACUCUCCUCACAGUAAAAUAGUAAUAUGGCAACGUCAAGUGUAGUAAGAUGUACUGUAUGUUAUGUUAUUCUAUGUCAAAUGAUAUAUUUAGAAUAAUUGAAUGAUGCAUGAGAUGGUCUGUUUAUAUGUAAAAUAUGCUAGUUUGAAUAGGGACUUACAGUUUUAACACAUCCAUGCAUACAGUUCAACCUCUUUCAUGACUCUCUGGCCAAAAUUAAUUGGAUGUUGUUGUUUUUUUGAACGCCCCAUUCAGUGAUCAAACCCGCAAUUGACAGGUUACUGGUCUGUUGCUCUAACUGCUAGGCCAACUCAUUGUGUCUCCUCUCACCCUCUGCUCAGAGAGAAAGAGGUGGGGGAUGGGGAGGUGGUUGAAGAAGGUGAGGGGGAGGACGAAGAAGGGAAGCCCCUGAUUGGGUCGCGCCACAACCUGCUGGGGUCCUACGGCUCGGUGGUGAUCCCUGACGCCUCCAGGACCGCUCACCCGGCCAUAUCCAACGGCAACCUGCCUCACCUCUCCCCUACCCCCUCGCCCGAGGAGGAGGGCGACUCCAGCCCUUCAAAGAGGUUCAGCAUGAGC